AACACCAAAACACCUGGAACACCCAAAACACCUGGAACUGAAAAUAACAGAAUUGUGGUAACUAAAGAACCUGAAACACCUGAAACACCAAAAUACCUGGAACACCAAAACCCUAGGACCAAUAAUGAAACAACUGGAACGAAUGGAACAGCUGGUUUGAAUGUGAUGGCUGGAAUGAAUAAAACAACUAGAGCUGACAGAACUGUGACAGCUGGAAUGAAUGGGAUGGCUGGUUUGAAUGUGACGGCUGGAACGAAUAGAACAACUAGAGCCGACAGAACUGUA